UGUGUGUGUGUGUGUGUUUAGUCUGAUAAUCUAUUUUCACAAAUAUAAUAAAACAAUUUAGUCGUCAUCAUGGAUAAAUAUCAUUUUUAUCAAUUAAAUAAAAUUCAUCAUGAUGAUAUCAGAUCGAUAACAAUGUAUCAGAAUCCGGUGGAUGGUAGCCGAAAAUUAGUGACUGUUUCACGUGAUUCUGAAGCUAAAAUUUUUUCAUUGGAUUCUGACGGUUUCAUCGAUUUCCAUGCCGAUCAUACAUUCUUUUUGCCUACACAGAUUUCUACCGUUUGUGUUAUUGAUCGUUCCGAUUUGCCUACAGUUUUGUUCAUAUUUGGCUGCCUAAAUGGUCAUCAAUAUGUUUUUCAUGGCCUCGAACAAAAUGCUUCACAAUGUAUUACUCUUCAUCAAAAUAAUGUUUGUAUAAUUCGAGCCGAUUCAACACAGACACGUAUAGCAAGUGGUUCAUGGGAUCACACAACCAUUGUAUUCAAAUUGGACGCACAAAAUCAAUUGAUUAAAAUUAAAAUUGUUGGUCACCAAGAAUCGGUGAUGGAUGUACAAUUUAUUCGUUCAGAUUUAUUGCUCACUGCUUCAUCUGAUCGUUCGAUUGUAUUGUGGAAUCUGAAUAUAGUUCCCGGUGGUUCAGCACAACAACAACAAGCUUUUCAAGGUCAUGAAGAUUGUGUUCGUGGAUUGUUGCUAAGCAAGCAUGAAGAUGGCUUCUAUUCGAUUUCCAAUGAUCAAACUGUCCGAUAUUGGAAUAUGAAUAGUGGAAUGUGUGAACGUACUUAUGUUGGUCAUGAACAUUUUAUUUUCAAUAUUAAUCGAUUGACCAAAGAAUAUUUUCUUACUUGUGGUGAAAAUAAUGCUAUUAUCAUCUGGAAUGAACGACAAACAACACCAUGGCAGUCACUGAAAUUGCCUACGGUUACAAUAUGGUCAGUGUUAUCCACAUCAUCCAAUGUUUUCUAUGCUGCUGGUAGUGAUGGAAUUUUGUAUAUAUUCACCAACCACGUUGAUCGACGACCAGAUGAUCAAAGUCAAAUGCUUUUUGAUGAAAUGCUAGUGAAACAAACAAAAAUACCAUUUGCAUCAGUAGCACAUUUAAAAUUGUAUGAAGAAAAUUCUUUGGUCACUAUACCACCACGAAAUGAUAAUGAACGUCGAUUGAUUCGAUCAAUGUUGGAUAACACGAUUCUUGUAUAUGAAUGGAAUCAAUCAUGGAAACCUGUUGGUCAUGUGCCUGAUUAUAAUCAAGAAGAAUUUGAUCAUCGUACUGGUCGUGUUCCAUAUAAUGAUGAAUUUUUUGAUGAAGUUUUCAAUGUAAAAUUGAAUCAAAAAAAUUAUAAAUUACCAUUCAAUCGUGAACAAGAUCCAUGGACCGUGGUGCAAUUAUUUAUUGAACAAAAUCAAUUGGAUUAUGGUGCACUGACAUCAUUGGUACAAUGUAUAGUUAAUUAUGCUAAUUAUAAGCCGAAAAAAAUUGAAAAUGUCAAUCAUUUUCCCAUUUUUGAAUGUAAAUUAUGGCCAUCCAUGAAAAACUUGGAAGCAUUUCGUAAAAAAUUUGAAGAAUUCAAUUCAAACGUCGAAGACAAUUUACGUUUAUCGCCAGAAUAUCUUCAAAUCAGCAGUACGGAAAUACAAAAUCCUGAAACAAUUUGUGAAGAAUUAUGUAUUGCAUUCAGCAAAUUAAUCAAUUGGCCUAAGGAUAUUAAAUUCAUUGUCUACGAUCUAUUACGGGUACUGUUGACAAACAAAUAUUUCAAUACUUAUUUUCUUCAUCAAAUGGAAUCCAAAGAAUUCAGACCAGGAUCAGAAUUUUUCAAUUCAAUCCUACGUUGUAAUGGUGAUGGAAAUCUUUCCACACAAUUAACAUCAUUACGUGUUUUAGCCAAUAUGUUUGCAUCUGUACAUGGCGCUGAAUUUAUGUAUCGAAAUUUUUCGUACAUACAAUCAAAUAUUGUCAGAUGGAAAGAUUUGGUCGUAAAUAUCAAUGUACAAAUGGCUUAUGCAUCAAUUUGGUUCAAUUAUAGUGUAUUGUUGGCCGAUCACAAAAAACGUCAGAAUCAUCAAUUUAAACAAAUGAUAAUGGAAAAAAUUCAAGAACAUGAUGAUGAAUUGAUUGAAUCAAAAACAUAUCAGCCAUUAGAAGCUGAUUAUCAUUCAGUCAUCAUUAUCAUGAUGAACGCGUUUGGUAAUUUGAUUGCAUCGAAAUUUAAUUCACAAAUGGCUGAUUUAUAUUUAAAACGUUUACAACAACAAUAUACUAAAUUGUUUAAAGAUAAUUCUGAAAUUCGUUAUUGUUUACGGCAAAUUGAAAUUGUCUGUGAUCAAUAUUCAAUCGAUUGAUGAUUUUCUUUUUAAUAGAUUGAAAGUGAAAAAAAAAAAUUUCAAAUUUUUCUAUAUCUACCUUAGCUUUGUUGUUUGUGUCGAAAUAUGUGUUAUAAGAAAUUAAAGCCACACACAUUUUUUAUAUUUGAUAUUCA